GCUGCCGGCCGGCGUGCGGACUGCGCAGGUGCGCUCCUCAAGCGCGGCCUCCUCAUCCCACGCAGAUCUCGCGGCUUGAGGGUGGGACGGCGGCCAGAGGCUUGACUGUAGGUGGUACCCGAGACCGUGAGAGCGAACUGGGGUCUCCAGAGACCUCGCGAGAGGGGUACGGGCGAAGUCCAGCGCGACGGCCGUUGUGAACGCAGUGGUCGCGAGCCAAGCCUAUACUUCACGGAGCCCGCGGGUGCGACCCGCGCCUUUCCCGGGGCGGAGGGCACGCGCAGCCUCGGGACGAGCCGGAGCCCCAGGCAGUGAGUUCCUAAGGCAAGCCCUCAGGACCCGGCCGCUCCGUAGGCCACGCCUGGGCCUGGGAAGAUGGAGGGGGACCAGCGGUCCGGCCCACCCACCCAGGGCCUGCUCCCCGAUGGCCACUUGAUCCUAUGGACGCUGUGCUCCGUGCUGUUGCCCGUGUUCAUCACCUUAUGGUGUAGUCUGCAGCGUUCGCGCCGGCAGCUGCACCGCAGGGACAUCUUCCGCAAGAGCAAACAUUGCUGGCGUGACACCGACCUGUUCAGCCACCCCACCUACUGCUGCGUGUGCGCUCAGCACAUCUUGCAGGGAGCCUUCUGUGACUGCUGUGGGCUCCGCGUGGACGAGGGCUGCCUCAAGAAGGUCGACAAGCGCUUCCCGUGCAAGGAGAUCAUGCUCAAGAACGACAGCAAGGCCACGGAUGCCAUGCCCCACCACUGGAUCCGCGGCAACGUCCCCCUGUGCUCUUACUGUGUAAUCUGCAGGCAGCAGUGUGGCAACCAGCCUAAACUCUGCGAUUACAGGUGCAUUUGGUGCCAGAAGACAGUCCAUGAUGAGUGCAUGAGAAGCAGCUUAAAGAAUGAAAAGUGUGAUUUUGGAGAAUUCAAAAAUCUCAUCAUCCCACCAAGCUAUUUAACUUCUAUUAACCAGAUGCGUAAAGACAAAAACACAAAUUAUGAAAUGCUUGCUUCUAAGUUUGGAAAGCAGUGGACACCAUUAAUAAUCCUGGCCAACUCUCGUAGUGGAACUAACAUGGGAGAAGGUCUGUUGGGAGAGUUUAAGAUCCUGUUAAAUCCAGUCCAGGUGUUCGAUGUAACUAAAACUCCCCCGACCAAAGCUCUGCAGCUGUGCACUCUGCUUCCUUAUUACUCAGUCCGCGUCCUUGUGUGUGGAGGGGACGGGACUGUGGGCUGGGUCCUCGAUGCAAUUGAUGAAAUGAAGAUUAAGGGACAAGAAAAAUAUAUUCCAGAGGUUGCUGUCUUACCUCUGGGGACAGGCAACGAUCUGUCCAACACCCUGGGUUGGGGUACAGGCUAUGCUGGAGAAAUCCCCGUUGCACAGGUCUUAAGAAAUGUAAUGGAAGCAGAUGGAAUUAAACUAGACAGAUGGAAAGUGCAGGUAACAAAUAAAGGAUACUACAAUUUAAGGAAACCCAAGGAGUUCACAAUGAACAACUACUUCUCUGUUGGACCCGAUGCCCUCAUGGCUCUCAAUUUUCACGCUCAUCGUGAGAAGGCGCCAUCUCUGUUUUCCAGCCGAAUCCUUAACAAGGCUGUUUAUUUAUUCUAUGGGACUAAAGAUUGUUUAGUACAAGAGUGUAAAGACUUGAAUAAAAAAAUUGAGCUAGAACUGGAUGGUGAGCGAGUUGACCUGCCUAACUUGGAGGGUAUUAUUGUUCUGAACAUUGGAUACUGGGGCGGUGGCUGCAGACUGUGGGAAGGAAUGGGAGACGAGACUUAUCCUCUAGCCAGACAUGAUGAUGGCUUACUGGAAAUCGUUGGAGUAUAUGGGUCUUUCCACUGUGCUCAAAUCCAGGUGAAACUGGCAAAUCCUUUUCGAAUAGGACAAGCGCACACAGUGCGGCUGACACUGAAGUGCUCCAUGAUGCCGAUGCAGGUGGAUGGGGAGCCGUGGGCCCAGGGGCCCUGCACCGUCACCAUAACGCACAAGACGCAUGCGCUGAUGCUCUACUUCCCUGGAGAGCAGUCGGAUGAUGACCUCUCAAGCCCUUCAGAUCACGAGGACUUAAAGGAAGCCAAGUAGGAGGGUGAGGUGAAGCAGCAUCUGUGACAAGUCGUCAGUAGGUCGCACUGCUGGCUCUGCAGCCGCCAUUUCACUCCUAGCAUUGUCUGUGUGAGCCGCGUAACCAGCAUUUCCACAGCUAGACUUCAGUAUCACAGACAGACUCUUGUGUCAGCAACACACUCUGAUCAUUUGUCCCUAACUGAAAAAAACACAGAAGGUCCAUGAAGGGAAGUGCUCCUCCUGGCUGACGCGCCACGCCUGGCCUUGAGCUGCUCUGCACUGCCCUGGUGGACAGGAUAUGAUGGGCGAUCAUUCCCUUAGUUCUUGAUACGGUGACAACACGCUAAACAUUGGCUUGCUUUUUGAACUGCCAUGGUUACCAUGGGCUUCCUCCUGCAGUGUGCUUCGUAAGAUGUCCCACACCGCAAACUAGACAGACCCUACAGUCUGAUUUCUGGGAGCACCUGAGGAGAAUGGUGAAAGAAAGAUGGCACUUGGCCAGGCGGUGGUGGCACACGCCUUAAAUCCCAGCACUUGGAAGGCAGAGGCAGGUGGAUUUCUGAGUUUGAGGCCAGCCUGGUCUAUAGAGUGAGUUCCAGGACAGCCAGGGCUACACAGAGAAACCCUGUCUGUGUAAAAACAAAAACAAACAAACAAACAAAAAAAGAUGGCACUUCUAAUUCUUCUCACAGUAGUAUAUAUUCCCUGUCAGGCUUCUGGUGUGUCGUGCUCAGACUUCUGGGUGUGUCAUGACCAUGUUGAACUGAAGUUCAAAAUCUUUUUUUUUAAUUGUUUUUGUUUGGGCAGUACUAGGGAUUAAACCUGGUCCUUUGGAAGUCUAGAUGAAUGCUCUACCAUUGAAUUUCACUCCAGCACUACUGUGUGCAUGUACAUACACACACACACAUACAUGUAUAUAUGUAUACACAACUAGAUAGGUACAUAGGUCUAAAGUACGAUUUAGGAAACUUUGGAUUGGAAGCACUACAGUUUGCCAGCUUUUCUUUAGACUAAAAGAUAUUGUUGGCUGGAAAAAAAUACACACGUAAGGGAAGCUUCCAAGUCAGAUUAGUUACCCAAAAAGAUCUCAGGCUGGCUGCCUGCCUUCAAGUUGAGUGUUCGCAUGUUGUGAGACACUGCAGGACUGUUGACAGCAUUACCCUCAGAGAGGGAAGCUCUGCUGAGAUGUUUGUAUCAUAUGUCAGAGUGAGAAAGAUAUAUUUUUAACUUAUUGUUUACCUUGUGGCAUGAUGCUCCUGUUUAAUUACACUGUAUUUAUACAGCUUUAUUUAGUAAAGUACUCACAGAAAUCUGCUGGUCACAGUCACAUAGAACUCUCUUUUGGUUCCCAUGGCAUUUGCACUCGCCUGUGCUCAGUCUGCAGACCUUAAAGGCCUUAAAGGGGAGGGCACAUGAUGAACGUAGGUGGCAAAGCUUUGUUUCUUUCAUUGUCCCUCCACUCUCCGUUAGAGGGCGCUCUUCCUCUGCUGUCCGUGGCCUGCCUCUGCAAUUAGCCACCCCAGUGGGCAUCGAGCUCGGUGUGUUUCUGACAAAUGGUAUGUUUGCACUUGGUGGUCUUGCAUGAAUUAAUUUCUGAAAGACUAGACUAUUCUCAAAACCACCAUUUAUCUCCCUUUUAAUGGUUUAUUAUGAAUCUACAGUCAAUGAAUUGCCAUACACUUCAAUUUUAGUCACCUCAGGCCUAUGCCGUGGUUUUGAAAGGACAACUUAGUAAAUAAAAUAUGAGCAAGUACAUUAUCUAAAGUAAUUUUACUCUGCUAAAUUAACCUCUUCCACCUAUUCCUGGGUGAUGCCAAAUUCUGAGGUUUGUAACAACUUGGCCCUUCACACUGGAUAACUGCAGUCAAGCUUUGAGAUAGCGUUUCGAAAGUUUGCAGCUUUUUCCUCGGGAACUGAUCCUGUUCAGAGUGUAAUGAAAUUCAUAGAUUCAUGGUCAGAAUUGUUAGUUACUCUCUGAGGCAUAUACCUGUAAUUCAUAAUGCUCUGUAGUAAAACAACUUAUCAAUUCUGGGCCAUCAGUCAAAAUAGUUAUGGUAGCUACUGAGGUACCCAGGUAGAGCAGGCUGUGUCCCCUUGCUACGACACACCAUGGUGUCUUUCUCAUACCUAUCUCAGAUUCCAUUAUGUAACUUCCACAAUAGUAUAUCGCAAACAUGCCAGUAUUUUAUCCACUACAGCUCACACUUUGAGUCACUAGUUACCCGGCAUUCCAGAUAAAUGAAUAGGCAUGUGCCUUGUUUGAAUACAAUUUGUAGAACUUGGUGUUUGCAAUUUAUAUGUUAGAUGGUAAUAACUUAGUACCAGGCCUCUGUACAUCACAAAAUGAUUCACUAUGAGAUCCUCUGUUCCAUUUAAAGUUGUCUCCAUAGCAACACAACUUAAUACAUUCUCAGGAAAAACUAUGAACCAUCUCUUUAUCUGUUUCCACAUCUCUCGUCUUUUCUGUUCUAAUAUAUUCCUUACGCUUCAUGAACUUAGUGGCUUAAACUCCAAAUAGAUCCUUAGGCAGAUAGUCUUCAGUGCUUUAUAGAGAAUAGAGUCAGGCAUUACUGUCUCAGAAUAGACGUCGUCCAGUAGUAAGGUAACUGAAUUUAAAUGUUUUAGACUUUCUGCAACUUAGCUGUGAACUUGUAGCUGAUAUUUAUAAAAAUUUUAUAGUGAAAACUAUUUAUUUUAUUUUUUUAGCGUAUGGAAAUCUGUAGCUAUUGUCUUUUGAGUAUUUGUGUGCCUGGUGGUAACGUAGGCUUACUCAGAAAAGUUCUUUUUGUGCUGUAUAAAUUUAGUACUUCUGCCAGCAUGUCAGAAAGUAAUUUUCAUCUGUAACAUAAAGUAAAAUAUUUCUAGUGUAUAUUGUGGGAUUUUUAAUUUGCACUAGCUAGAAAACUUGAAAGGUUAUGUUAAUUUGCACAUUAAUGUGGACCUAAAUACAUAAUCUGACCAGAAAGGUCAGUAGAAUAGGUGAUGAUGUCAUGACACUUUUGUUCAAAAUGAAAAUAUUGAAGCAAGAAACCAGCACUUUAUAUUCAGAGAUGUGGAGGGGGAAUAUUAAUUUGGUUUCUGUGACUUUUUUUAGACUUCUGAAUGGUUUAGGACAGGAUAUUAAGUAAACUUUUUUUUAAGAUUUAUGUAUAUGAGUGCUCUAUGUAUACCUGCAGGCCAGAAGAGGGCAUCAAAUCCCAUUACAGAUGGUUGUGAGCCACCAUGUGGUUGCUGGGAAUUGAACUCAGGACCUCUGGAAGAGCAGUCAGUGCUCUUAACCACUGAGCCAUCUCUCCAGCCCCCUAAGUAGAUUUUAUAUAUAAUUUUUUCUUUUUUUUUAUUUUUAAGUCUCGAAAUUUUAGAGGAAAAAGUAGUUUUGUUCCUUCGUGCCAAUUCUCAUUUAGUCCUACGCGCAGCAACUGCACAGACUCUUGCUUUAGCUCACCUUUGCUUUCAGAUCUAGCCCCGCAGCUCGGGUAUCCUCUGGGAGCCAGGAAGGCCUCGGAUGGGGUUGGGGGUGAGUUCCUGCCCUUUUUUGGAUCACGUUGGCAAUGUAUGCUGUUAUAAUCCCAACACCUAGAGGCUGUGGUCAAGGCCUGGCUAUAUAUGAGGACCUCAUCUCAAAACCAUUGCUUACAUUCUAACCCAGUUGGUGACCUAGCUAUUAGAAAUGGAUAGUUCGUGGAGCCUCACAGUCCUUAGACUGCUGUGUGGACGCCUGGAGGAUGAGGGAGGGGUAGAGCAGGUGGAGCAGACACAUGCCUUCCACCAUCCAGUGUGGCAUGGUAGGCUGUACUGAACCUGAACUGCACUGAGUUAUGUAUAAGACCAGUAGGUGAAGUAUUUCCACUCUUUAAAAAACAACCCUCGGUGGGGCAUGGUAACAGUAUCUAACUUCAGAGAGACAGGAAGUUCUCUGAGUUCAAGGCCGGCCAGCCAAGGCUACCUAAACCUUGUCUCAAACAGGGCAUUUAUGUAUAUAGCUGUUUUGUCUGCAUGUGUCUACACCAUGAUGGUGUGGGUGCUGGGAGUUGAACUCAGGACCUCUGGAAGACCUGUCCUGUGCUCUUCACCACUGAGCCACCUCUCCAGCCCUGAGAUUGUAGUUUUGUAAAAGGGAUUUGGAAAAGUACUGUCUUUGAUGACUUUGUCCCAUGGUUGAUUUUCUAAUGAUUGUUUUUAAUGCAUUCAGAACCUCGUGUUUUUCUGAAAAUACUCUUUUGCACAUCUUAGUUGCAAUGUGCUCCUUGGCUAUCUCAUGCAGCUUUCCGAGAGAGUUUUUUUUUUGUUUUGUUUUGUUUUUGCAUAGUAAAAUACUAAACUAA